CGAGGGCUGGUCCAUUCCGUGUGCAAACAAACAAACAACCAUCCCUGUACAGCCAGCUAAGCUAUACACACACACGACAAUAUAUGUGUGGUCUGUCUGUCCCAUGUAGGUAGGUAGGUAGGUAUGUCUGUAUGUCACGCAGGUCAUUCAUAAUAUUAUGUCACGCAUCCAUCCCUCCCUUCCUCCACCCCUCACAUGACAGCGCAUUGCUGCUGCACUGGGCGGCUGCAUCGGUGGCCGUUGAGGCCCCAGUGGCGCCCGCACCGAUAGCAGAACGCCGUGCGGCAGUUGCUGCACACCUGAACGCACACCCAAGCACCCCAGAAAGACAGGUGCCUUCCCUGUGUCACAUAUUUGCCGGCUGACCAUUCUGUCGCAGCCAAAGGACCGCACAAUGCGCAGCGAGCAGGUCGGACACGUCGCCGCACCAACGUCCCUGCCCACCUGCACACAAACCACACACACACACACACACCAAUCAAACGAACCAUCACGACACACACAGCAAAGCAUUCGCCCCCACUGACUGACUCACCCGGUAGUAGUCCAAUCUCGCUCUCUCAGCCUCAACAGCCCGGUAGGUCGACCGGUACGCCACACACGUCCGCCCGUCGUGUGUGGCCGAGCCAGCCCCGUCGGCCUCCCACUGCAGCCCACAGAGGAUGCAGAAAGUCUGGCGGCAGGCAUUGCACGUCACCCGCCGGGCGUCGGUGUGGCCGUCGCAGCCACGGGGAGGCCGCCAGAAGAUGCGCCGGAUGUUGAUGAGAGAGGAGGGCUCGGCUCGCUGCUUUUGGUCGAGGGCGGCUCGGUCGGCGAGGAAGGUGUGGUUGCAGCCUGGCGAUGGGCAGUGGAUGGGCUCUUCGUCAAACUCGGUGCGGGAAUGCCUCAGACCCAUCGUUAGUGACCUGUGGGUGGACAGGAUGGGGUGGACACAGCGGUGAAAGGGAUGAGUGAGUGUUGCUUGUUGGUUUCAUGUGUGUGGUGUGUGCGCUGACUGACCACUGUAGGUAUCUGCGCCAUAGGUCUGGUCGCCAGUAGCACGCGUCUCUGAUGAUGGCCUGGGGCAGCUCAUCCCGGCAGUAGAGGCACUGCAGCUCCCUCUUGCUCUCAUCGAAACACGAUGCCAUCUGACGCCUGCACACACACAUCCCACUCGCUCCUUUCCUGCGUGCCUGCCUGCCUGCCUGGCUGCCUAUCUGUCUGUUUUGUGUUAGGUACCUAACCGACCUGAUGCAUUUGAGGCAUGCUGAUGCUCCGCAGGGCAGGCGCACGAUGAAGGUCUUCCGCCUCACGUACAUGCAGAUGACGCAUUCGGUCACCAGAUCUGGCGACGCACGACACACCAGCGUGCAGAUGCCCUCGUUCACAUCCCCCGUCGGCAGCAGCGUCGUGCGCACCGCAUGGAACGCCUCUGAAACGAAACACGCACACAGACAGACAGACAGACACCACAGAGCAUCUGAUGCUGUUAACUGCUGUGAUGUUGCGGGCUGGCCGUGUGAGUGUUGUGUGUCCGCUCACGUGUGAGCCUCCUCAUGGUGGCUCGGCGGUUGUGCCAGACGUGUGGUAUGUGUGCAGCAAGGACGGUGUAGAGAAGUGGCACGACACAGGCAAUUGAAACGGAAAAGAGAAGUAUCGCCAAACCAACUGCAGGGUCUCCGUCGUUGCUCUUGACGCUCAUCAGCUCAGUGAGGGAUGCCGCUUUGGUCCACAGCCCGGCGGCGUGAUUCACAGCCUCCGUCCUUCAGCAUCCUUCAGCCGAUGAUCGUCACGGAGGUCGAACUCACCGAAACGCGUAAUGCGGAAGGAAGAGG